GAAGUGACUCGAAUCGACGAGGAGAGCGAACAAGUUCGAAGAAUAAAAGGCAGCUUUCCACCGUAUCAACUAUCACGAAACCUUACGGGAGUAUGUUUCGUGCACGCUGAUGAGCGUUUUUUUCUUGUGUCUUUUUUCUAUAUAAAAAAACCACUGGUCUAUAUGAGCAAACAGGAACAAAUACCCCACACGUCGCGUCGACGCGUUAUGAUUGGCUGUGGACGUGUCUUGUUCUGACCGUCUUCGCUGUUUCUUGUUAUCGUCUUGUAAUAUCCAAACUAUGUUCCAAUUCUUGCGACGUGUAUCGACGUCAUUCCUUCCUCGCCCUGACAGACCGUGGCGAGAGGAUGCUACAUCUAAUGCACCCACUAUUGGUCGGAAACGCCGCUUCAGCAUCACAGAUCAUGACGAUGAAGAAGAAUUUGGUUCAUUAAACGGCAAAAAGCCCAAGACAGAAGCUAUGCUACUCGAUAGUGGCAAAGCAUCAACCAAGGACAGUAAGGAGGGACAGAUAGAGGGGGAGGAGGUCAAGUCGGUAACCCAGGGUGUUAAACAAGUUGAUCUUGAAGACAUGGGAGUCCAGGCUAUGGAACCCGAAGCCAUCCCUCUUCCGGAGUCACCGUCCCCGCAACCCGUGAACUUAGAGUCUACCCAGGAAACUCAGGAGCCGCAGCACAAUACAGAAGUUUUGGAGGUUGAGACAAACGUAGAGUCUGUCCAACCGACCGAGGACGCUCCGAACGAUACACGAGACCCAAAGGUUGAUGGCGAGUCGACUGCUUCUUCCUCCGAAAAGGAGGAAACCCAAGAUCCAGACGAGAAAGUUCAAGGUACUUCAGGGUGUCCGGGGACUGUCGAGUCACAUCCUGCGGACGUCGUUGAUACCGAGGCGAGAGACGAACGUCCGCCCGCACAUUCAGCCUCAGAGGAGGCACUAGAGGCUACGGAGGAAGGGAGUUGAUGUCGGGUAACUGGAAUGGUCUCGUAUACCA